AUGGGUCUGGAGCUGGAUAGAGUCAUGAUGCUGCGCGCCGCCGUAAUCGCCGCCGUCGUCGGUCUCGCCGCCGCUGCCGGAUUCAUCUCAAAUGACGCGCUCCACUCCCAUGGCGCCGCCGGCCGGAGCUUGCUCCAGACCAAGAAGGAUUGCCCGGUGACCUUCGAAGGGGCAAACUACACGCUGAUCACGAGCCGGUGCAAGGGCCCCCUGUACCAGCCGGCGCUGUGCUGCUCGGCGCUCGCGGACUUCGCCUGCCCCUACGGCAUCUACAUCAACGACCAGUCCACCAACUGCGCCGCCACCAUGUUCAGCCUGAUCCACCUCUACGGCAAGUACCCCUCGGGGCUCUUCGCCAACACCUGCAAGGGGGACAAAGAUGGCAUAAAAUGCCCCGACGACGUACCGCAGGUCCAGCCAGGCCAGGAGGGCACGAGCUCCGCCGCCGUUGCUACCGCUGCCCAGGCGGCGCUCGUCGCUGCCGGCGCCGUCGCGUUGUCCCUGUUCAUUGUGCUGUCCUGA